AUGCAACAUGUGACUCAGUUGGUGCUCAGCAACCGAUACAUUUGCAUCAUGCAGAAGUGGGGUGGGAAGAGAGAAGUGAUGUACACGGCAUUCAAAGCACUGGGAAGAAGUGUGGAUUAUGUACAGGUCUGUGACUCGGAUACUGUGCUUGAUCCGGCAUCAUCUGUGGAGAUGGUGAAGGUUUUGGAGGAAGAUAUCAUGGUUGGAGGUGUUGGAGGAGAUGUGCAGAUUUUAAACAAAUAUGACUCGUGGAUUUCCUUCUUGAGUAGUGUGAGAUACUGGAUGGCCUUCAACAUCGAGAGAGCGUGUCAGUCCUACUUUGGGUGUGUUCAGUGCAUCAGUGGACCACUAGGAAUGUACAGAAAUUCACUACUACAUGAAUUUAUAGAAGACUGGUACAAUCAAGAAUUUUUGGGCUCCCAGUGUAGCUUUGGAGAUGACAGGCAUCUAUCUAACCGGGUAUUGAGCCUUGGCUAUGCAACCAAAUAUACAGCACGGUCUAAGUGCCUUACGGAAACACCUACUGAGUAUCUAAGGUGGCUUAACCAGCAGACUCGCUGGAGCAAGUCUUACUUCCGGGAGUGGCUGUACAAUUCUAUGUGGUUCCACAAGCAUCAUCUAUGGAUGACCUAUGAAGCUGUGAUUACCGGAUUUUUUCCUUUCUUCUUAAUUGCAACAGUCAUUCAGUUGUUCUACAGGGGACGUAUAUGGAACAUUUUACUCUUCCUGUUAACUGUGCAGUUUGUUGGCCUUAUCAAGUCUUCCUUUGCCAGCGCGCUCCGGGGCAACAUAGUAAUGGUUUUCAUGUCUCUUUACUCAGUCCUGUACAUGUCCAGUUUAUUACCAGCAAAGAUGUUUGCCAUCGCCACCAUCAACAAGGCUGGGUGGGGCACUUCAGGUAGAAAAAACUAUCGUCGUCAAUUUUAUAGGAUUGAUUCCUAUAACCGUUUGGUUUACAAUCCUCUUGGGUGGAGUCUUCUACACUAUAUGGAGGGAAACAAGAAAGCCAUUUGCAGAAUCUGA